AAGAUUUCAAUAAGAAUUUUUGUCAUUAUUAAUUGAAUUAUUUGCCAAUUGAUUCAAUCUUCAGUUUCAUCAAUGAUGUGCAUAAUAACUUUUUUCAAGGGUGGAACAAUCAUUGAUUAGUAAGACAUUAUUUAAUUUAUCUUGUAUAUUUUGUUUUCUAUUUCAACAGGUAUCUUCUUUAUGGACCUCCGGGAACCGGAAAGUCAACAAUGAUAGCGGCUAUAGCCAACUUCUUGAACUAUGACAUUUACAAUUUGGAGUUGACUACUGUAAAAGACAAUUCGGAGCUGAUAAAGCUACUCCUCGAGACUACGGGAAAGUCCAUCAUCGUGAUCGAGGACAUCGAUUGCUCGCUAGAUCUCACUGGACAAAGAAAGUCGAAAAAGAAGGAGAACAGUGAAGAUGAAUCCGACUCCGACGAUGAUUCAGGCGGAAAGAGCAAUAAUAUUGUUUCCAAAUCAUUGAAGGAGAAAGAGAAAGAGAACAAAAGCGAUAGCAGAGUCACGUUGUCGGGUCUUCUGAACUUCAUCGAUGGUAUAUGGUCGGCUUGUGGAGGGGAACGAAUCAUUGUGUUCACGACCAACUAUGUGGACAAGCUCGACCCUGCGUUGAUAAGGAGAGGAAGAAUGGACAUGCACAUUGAGAUGUCGUACUGUUGCUUCGAGGCAUUUAAGGUUUUAGCCAAGAACUACUUGGACAUAGAAGAGCAUAGUUUGUUUGGUAGAGUUAAGGAGUUGUUGGCAGAGAUUAAGAUGACUCCCGCCAAUGUUGCAGAGAAUUUACUACCAAAGUCGGUCGAGGAUAGCGAGGAGAAGUGUUUGAGGAACUUAGUCGAAGCACUUGAGAAGAUUAAGGAGGAGGAAGAUGGGAAGUUGAAGAUCGAGAAAAAGGAGAAACAAUGGCAAUGGAUUAAGAGUGUCCUUGGUUAGAAUUUGAAAGUCUUGAAUUCAAAAAUUAUAUUUAUAUAGCUAGGAUCAUUUUGACCCAUUAGCAGAUUGUUAGAGGAGAUAUUAUGUGGUAUAUUUUUUGUUUGGCUUCGUAUAUAAUCAUAUAUGUUUUUCGUGUAAAUAUCCUAUUAUUUGUUCGGAAUAGUUAAUCAUUUGUUACGCUCUUAAUUUCUGUCUUGUUUCAUAAAAAAUACAAUAUUCAACCUAUAUUAUCGAAGAAAUCUACUCUUCUUCACUUCUAACGGCACAAUACAUCUACUUCAAUUCAAUCGAACCACAUUCCAAAUAUAUUCUUUGUUUUUGGUAGAAAAAGAUGAUACUGUUUCAGGAAUUGACUUGUCUGGUUGCGUUGCUCUCAGCAAGCGGUAAAGAGAAAUGGACAGACAAAAGAAUAAAUAACUCAACUUUCUUUUUUGUUGUCAUCCAAAAGAACAAAUGCAAAGUUGGUCUCCUUCUAUAUCCUCUACACCUUAUCUUAUUGUCUUUUGUCUACUGUAUCAUGCAUGGUCGGUUUUUCUUUUAGUGACCCCCAAAUUAAACAUCUUUUUUAAAGCAGAUCAAGAAGACAAAAACAUUAUAAAUGACACAAGUAAAAAGAAAUAUAUAUAUAUAUAUAUAUAUAUAUUAAUGAUAUAAUUUUUUAUAAUGAUAAAAUAUUUAUUUACAAGUACGCUGCUGAUUUUUUUGCGCAGAUAGAGUGGAGGGUGGGAAAUGAAAGACGAGAGGCGAAAAAAACACGAAUGGAACAGCUAUGUACAAUAAUUAUCGUAAUACUGCUAAUUAAUAAUUAUGUUAAUAUGAU